GUAAAUUUUGCGGCAAACUAAAGUUAAGGAACAAAUUUCGCACGGCAAGGAUGUUUUGCCAUAAAUAAGACAAUUAAGCAUUAACAAUAAAAAAAAAAGAAAACAGAGUAUUUUUGAAAGCAAACAUAUAUUUCAAACAAGAACGAAUUUCGGAAUUUUGCUAUGCAGAAUAUUCCGUCGAAUUUGGUUUGACUACAGAGAGUAGACCUCAGCGGCAGAUACGCUCAGGAUGAAAAGAGAACCUAUGGUCACAGCUUACAAUAAAGGUUAUAAAAGCAGUAAGCUUUUUUUUCAUAUAUAGCUUGAUUUUCGUAAAAUGGCGAACGUAUUUAGAAAGGUAGAACCUAGCCAAAAGAAAUUUCAGUCGACGGAUGGACGAAAAAGUACAAAAUCUUGUGAAAAACAAAUUUUUAUUGACAGAAGAAUUUGGACUAAGGCGGAGACCAGAGCAUUUUUGAAUGCGUAUAUUUCUAGAAAGGAUGAAUUUCGGAAUGUACGGCAAAACAAAUUUGCAAUGCAGAAUGUUUUGUCUGAUUUAGAAAGUCAAGGUGUUUUUUACCAGACUACUACGGUGGACAUGCUCUCAACAAAAUUUAGAAACUUGGUUAAAGCAUACAGACAAAGUAUCGGGAAACGAAAGUUUGCUGUUCCCUGUAUAGCUCCGUUUAUGGAUUUGAUGGAUGAAAUAUUUUCAAAUAAUGCACGUGUAUCCAAAACCCGUUCCAUUAUGUCUGGGCAACCGCCGAACAAUACCAUCUUUUUAAAUGAAAUGCAUCAAACAAAUUUCCAUCUGGGAGCAGAAUCGGAAGAGGCCCAUUCCCGAGAAAAGCAAAUUUUUAGUAACAGGAGAAUAUGGACCAGCGAAGAGAUCGAAGCAUUUUUAAAUGCCUAUAUUUCCAGGAAGGAGGAAUUUCGAAAUAAACGUAAAAAGAAGUUUGCAAUGCAGAAUGUGCUACAUGAAUUGGAAAGUCAAGGUGCUUUGAGCCAGCCUACAACGGUAAAAACACUCUCAACGAAAUUGAAAAAUUUGAUCAGAGCAUACAAGUAUGGUAUCGACAAUAACAGUCCGACAAAUUCUUUGUGUAAAUCUCCGUACGAAGCUUGGAUGAAGGAAAUUUUUGCAGAUAAUCCAAAUAUCUCUAUAAACAUCCCCUCCAAUUCGUAUGAGCAAUCAUUAAGCAAUACACCCACAUUAACCGAGGACCAGUUAUUAUCCAACUGGGGUACAAAUGUAGAAACAGACUAUCAAGAUUUCUCGCGACAGUCCGCUCUGUGCAAUCGGGAUGAAUACGGAAGCGGACAGGAAAAUAUAACUUCUCCAAAACAAUUGGGCAAAUGUUUUACACCAUUACCACAACAAAAUCGGCCAGCGAUGAAGUCAAUAGAUAAACUACCCGAAAAAACGCAAAGUUUUAAUGACAAGAGAAUUUGGACUAAGAGGGAGACCAGAGCAUUUUUGAAGACAUAUAUUUCGAGAAAGAGAGAAUUCAGUAAAGUCCGGAAAAAGAAGUUCGCUAUGCAGAAUGUACUACAGGAUUUGCAAAGAAAAGGCGUUUUGAGUCAGCAUACAACGGUAGAUAUGCUCUCAACAAAAUUGAAAAACUUGGGGAGAGCAUACAAGCAAGCUAUCGAAAAUAGUAGACGAACGAAAACUCCCGUGAUAGCUCCGUUUGGGAGUUUAAUGGAAGAAAUUUAUAAAGAUGACUCAAUCAAUUGCAAUAAUCACACAAUAUCCAAGAAACAGCAAAAUAGUGUAAAAAAAUCACAAACAGCUGAAAAUAUAAAAGAUAAACCAUUAUACGAAAAAGAAAUUUUUAGCGACAAGAGAAUAUGGACUAACGAAGAGACCGAGGCAUUUUUACAUGUCUACAUUUCUAGAAAGGAGGAAUUUCGGAAUGUGCGUAGAAAGAAAUUUGCUAUGCAGAAUGUUUUGUCCGAUUUGGAGAGUCAAGGUGUUUUGAGCCAGACCACAACAGUGGAUAUGCUCUCAACAAAAUUUAGAAACUUGGUUAAAGCAUACAGGAUAAGUAUCGGUAAUACCAAACGAAAGGCUGCCGUUCGCUGUAUAGCUCCGUUUACGGAUUUGAUGGAUGAAAUAUUUUCGAAUAAUGCUCGUAUAUCCAAAUCGCCGAACAAUAGGACUUCAUUAAAUAAAAUUCGCCAAAACGGAUCAGAAGAGAGACAUUCCCAAGAUAAGCAAAUAUUUAGUGACAAGCGAUUUUGGACUAUUGGUGAGACCGAGGCAUUCUUAUGUGCGUAUAUUUCUAGAAAGGAUGAGUUUCUGCAUGUGCAUAAAAAGAAGUUUGCAAUGCAGAAUGUGUUACUUGACUUGGAGAGCCAAGGAGUUUUGAGACAACCUACAACUGUACAUAUGCUCAAAACAAAAUUGAAAAAUUUAGCCAGAACUUACAAACAAAGCGUCGACAAUAAAGUGCGUGACAGUGAUAGUGGUAGUGGACCAUGUGCUGAUUUGAUGGAGGAAGUAUUUGGAGGGAAUCCAAUUGCUUCCAAUGAACACAUUAUUUAUUUGUGUGGUCAACCAUUGAGCAAUACAUCCAUAGUAUCUGAGGAGGAGUCAUAGGCCAAUUGUUUUAUAUACUCUGUGAAAACAACAACAACAUAUAAUACAUAUAAUAUGAAAAAAAAGAAAAAAAUAUUAGCUGAUGAACUAGCCCAUAUAACGCCACGCUUGAAUUAUAUGUACAUACUUGAUGGCUGUUGUUAUGUAAUAAUUAUAUCAUGUAUGGUUUCAACGUGGUGUUUUCCUCAUAUACCGUUCAAAAUUAAAAUUUGAAUAAUUUUUUUGUAAUCGAUUUGUAAUUUCGAAAAUUAAAAUUAAAAAUAAUUUUUAAACUUUUUGUCCUAAAUAUCGGAUUUAAAAUAAAAAAAAAUUAAU